ACCUUAACCACCUUUCCCGCUCCACCCGUCGUCCAACAACUUCUUACACUCCUUUAAAACCUCCGUGGUAAUCGCAGUACGCGAAGUCUCCAUUGUACCCUCCCUCCUCGGACGACGGCGAGGACGAGGAGCUCGAUCACUCAGACGACGCAAGUUUCGAUCGAUCAAAGCUACUACGCUCGCUCAUUCCUUCACUGGAUGAGCAUCAUCUAGAUUACACAUCUAAGCCCGGCCGGGCAGUGCCUUCCGCAGAGGAAGAAGAGGGGAGAUGGUGCCGCCUCCGACGGCCAUGCCGCCGCAGCAACAGUUCAAGCGGAAGCGCGGCGACCAUAGGGCAUAUUCGUCUGACACUGGUGAAAGAGGGAGGCCCUCGCCUCACAGACCGGAGAACAUGGCACUGGCGCAUGGAAACGGCGUGAAUGGCAGAGGACAUGGUACUGGAAUCAGGAGGGCUAGCCGUGGUGGCCGGGGGGGUGCAAUGCAUUCCCCGUCUGGCCCUGCACCUGCUUCAUAUCAAGUCCUUCCAAAUCCAUCGCAGGCAGCGAAGCCAAUUACGUCCAAUCUCUCAAGCAACACGGCAUCACCCCCCACGCCUGUUCCAGUUCCCGUCAAGACGGGGCAACCUACUCCAGCGUCAACACAAAAGGCUGCUCCGCCAAUGCAAUACCCAGAAGUAGGGCUGCCACCGCAAAAAGACCCGUCAACUUAUCUUUACUCCUACUUCACUCCCGAUCGGUGCGACAGUUGGAAAGAGACAGGGCGUCAGACCGUCAUAGACGAUGCGCUGGCAAGGGCAGAUGCAGAAGACUUGCAAGAGCUUGGUGUAUACUUCCAGGAGGUGCUUCACCUGAUUACCGAGGGGUUGAUCAACCCUCAAGAUGCCGGUGCGCUGAUCAAGGACGUGCUAGAGGGAUCGCCGAAGGCUGAGGAGUUGGAUCUUCCUUCUCUGUUCCUAGAUACGGUCGCCGUUAUCCUAAGCCCACAAUAUCCCACCGGCAAAGAGGAUACUGGGAGGGAAUCAGGGUUGAACCAGUUUCUUCAAGCCACAGGUGUCGACAAGAGACUUGUGUGCAUGCUUCUGGACGAAAAGCUACUGAUCGGUCUGCGCAUUGUACGGCCGACUUUCGAUCGCAUGGGCAUUCGCCAUUCAACGAAUGUGCUCUAUAGGCAAUCCGGCUUCAACUUGUUACGGGAGGAAUCGGAAGGGUACUCCAAACUCAUGACCGAAUUCUUCACGGUAACGCACAAUUUCAAACCGGAUAAGGAGACCGUUGAACAAACGUGGGAAAAGGUCAAGGCUCUAAUAGGUGCCUUCGAUCUUGACGUAGGUCGUGUUCUCGACAUUACGCUUGAUGCAUUUGCGAACAACCUCAUAAAACACAACAAAUUUUUCAUUCGUCUAUUGAGAUACAGCGAUUUCUGGCCUCAGAAUAAGGCCUUGGUGGCUUUUGCAGGCGAAGAUCAGGGCCUCAGCACACUGCCUCCUUGGUCAAGUACAUCGUACCCUUCGCUGGAGACCUUGCCGGAAGAUGCAGAGAGAAUCGCUGAGCUGAGGCACGGCAGAGAUAUCAUGUUCUGGGAUCGAGUCAGGGAGGUUGGCAUUCAGGCAUUCUUUGAACUUGGCGGUCGGCGACCAAUAACCAAUGCCGACAAAGCCGCAUUUCUAGAAGAGCUUCGUGCGCAGGAGGUGGAAUGGUGCGUUGACGAGAAGACAAAAGAACGGAGAAAGAAAGAAGAAGAUGCCGAUCUCUGGGCCACACGCACGAACACACUACCCGCGCAGGGAAACUCGAUCGCAGCACAGAUCCUUGGUUUCAAAUUGAGAUUCUACGCAUCCGAUGCGAGGGAUCCGCAAGAUAGACUGAGCAUCAAUCUCAUCUGGCUAGCGGCACUUCUUAUAAAGAUCGGAUUUAUCUCGCUUGUGGAUCUCUAUCCGCACAUCUACCCGACGGACGACAAAAUGGACGAGCUACGCACGAAGUUGGAAAAGGAGAAAGCCGAGCGAUUGGAGAAGUUGAAGCCGGGCGCGGGUAUGAACGCUCUCAUGACCGCUGGGGCGCUCUCAGAAGGCGAACCGCCGUCCUCGCUACCUGUUAAUAGAGCGCUGCCAGAUCCGAUGAACAAGGCGGGUUCAAGGACGCCGUUACGGGCUACGGAGACCGCUAAUGCAACACCCGGAGGAUCAACACCAAACGCUACGGCGACUGCGGCGCAGCCAGAGCCGAAGCCUGAAUUGCCAGAACCAGAGGAUCAGAAGAUUGUCCUGCUCAGGAGCUUAUUAUUGAUUGGUGCCAUUCCAGAUGCCCUGUACAUCCUGGGCCGUUUUCCUUGGCUGCUGGACGUACAUGACGAUCUACCAAAAUACAUUCAUAGGCUGCUACAUUAUAUGCUAAAGAAAGUGUACGCAGAAACGCAGCCCUUGCAAGGCCGUGCUUCGGAUACGACACCUGGGCACAUUCGCAUAGAUGUUAACAACACGCCUAUUCUCGAGAAAAGACAGGCGCCGAGAUCGAUAGCUUGGGGUCAGCUGGAGAAGGUGGAGUGGGCCGAGGGAGACUAUGGAACAAGCUAUAGGUUUUACUGGGACGACUGGAAUGAUCUCGUUCCCAUUUGCCAGAACGUUGACGACGUAUUCACACUCUGCGAUAGUUUCCUCAACCUUGUCGGGCACAAGAUUGGGCGUGACGCCGAGUUGCUCACCAAGAUCGUGCGCAUUGGCAUCAAGAGCUUGGCCGAUGACGACUCACCUGCAAACAUGUCGCGCUGGCAAAAACUGGCGAAAAGACUGCUCGUACCCGCAUUGAGCUUGACAAAGGAUGACCCGGGUACGGUGAACGAGGUUUGGGAGCUCAUCAAGGUCUUCCCUAUUCAAGUACGGUACAACAUGUACUCCGAAUGGUUCGGAGGCCAGACGUCCCGAAUACCGGACAUUAAAGCCGCGUUCGAUUUGUCCAUUCUGCGCACUCGCGACGUGCUCAAGCGCAUAAGCAAGACAAACGUCAAAGAAAUGGCGCGUUCUCUCGCUAAAGUAGCGUACUCAUCACCUGGAGUCGCGCUCAAGACGGGACUACAGCAGAUCGAAUCGUACAACAACUUGAUCGACACUUUAAUUGAGUGCAUCCGUUACUUUACGAACAUAGGCUUCGAUGUGCUCAUCUGGCAGCUACUCAAUUCUCUGGGUGGAAGCAGCAGAAAUCGCAUGCAAGCCGAUGGCAUGAUCGUGAGCAAGUGGUUACAGCGUCUGGCAGAGUUCACCGGCAAGGUGUGUAAACGCUACUACAAGGACCUGGACUUUAAGCCGAUGUUACUCUACGUCAAGGAUCGCCUUGAGAAGGGCGAUUCUACUGGGCUGGGUGUACUGGGACAACUCAUCUUGAGUAUGGGAGGCAUAAGAUCUGAUCAGAAUUGGAGCGAGGAACAGGUUGUGGCUCUGAGUGGUGGUAAAGCCCUUCGUGCGCAGACGCUGCAACGAGUUGCGGAUAAAAGAUAUGAACGUGAGAUGGAGAAAACGGCGAAAUGCCUCGUGCAUUCCCUCGCAAACACGAAUCUCACGGGCGAGUUCCUCAUUCUUAUCGCAAGAGAACGCCAGCAAUACCUUGAACGACCGUCCGCUUCGGGUGCUCCCAUCAAAGUUCUGAGCACAAAUUUAACAAAUCUACAAGGCGCAUUUGUACAGUACUUAGAGUUCUUGCGGAGUAACUACGAAGUUGACGAGUUUGACCGCGUGGUUCCUGGUCUUGAGGAGUUGAUUGGGAAGUGGGGGAUAGAACCUGCGAUCGCCUUUACAAUUGCGCGUCCGGGAUUGCAGGCUAGGAUCGAAGGAUGGAACAAGGGUGAAGUUAUGGAUGUAGAGAUGUCUGAUACAAAGGAGGAAUCUGGCGAGGCCGAGGCUGCGGCGAAUGGAGAAGAUGCACGCAUGGCAGAUGAUGGGGAAGAGUCACAAUCCGGAACCCCAACGACGCUGUCGACGGCCAUCGCGUCGCCUGGUACCAUCCACCCUGUUCUCGAGCAAGUUAUCGAAAGUCUGAAGGGAGUUCUUGAACCAGGCUUCGAUGAAAGGAUGAGCAUGCGCUUUUACGUUCGUUUUUGGCAGUCUUCGCUUUCGGAUAUACAAGUGGCGCAGUACGAUGACGAGGUCAAAAACGUGCGUAAUGCCUUGCGCGACUUGAGCAACGACCGCACAGAUAUCUCACCAAAGGCUCUCAAGGAAAAGGCAGCGAAGCGCGCGGCACUGAACCAGCUUGACAAGGAACUUCAGGAUGAAUGGAGAGCGAGCAUCCAGCACAAGCAGAAGAUGCAGAAAACAUAUAGCCAGGAGCGCACGUCUUGGUUCCCGCUUGAAAGGUUCCCACCGAGCAAGCACACAGAGCUGACCUUGGAGAUCGUGCAGGAGUGCAUUCUUCCACGUAUCGUACUCUCGGAGAUGGACGCGCUAUUCACUGCAAAAUUCUUGUUUGUGGUGCAUAAGCUUAAUACUCCCGGCUUUAGAAUCGCAAAGAUCAUGGCGAGGGUGUUCAACACAGAGCAAUUCGUUGCGAUGCUGUUCAUGCUUACGGAGCGAGAAGCAAAGAAUAUGGGCAUCUUCCUCAAAGAGGUUCUUCAUCAGCUCAAAGUGUGGCGCGAUAAUAAGAAUCUAUAUGAGAAAGAAGGCAUGGGUCCCAACAACGACAACCCAGGCUUUGCACGCGAAAUACGUGAGGAUGGCACCAUCAACAACGAGGAUCCCAAAACGCAGGUGAUGAAUCAUGACGACUACAGACGCAUUCUGUUCAAGUGGCACAUGCAGCUCGACAAAGCCAUCAUGCACUGUCUUAAGUCAAGAGAAUUUAUGCAUGUGCGCAAUGCGAUCUUGUUGCUCAAACAAGUACAUGAAUAUUUCCCGUCCCUGACUUUCCAUGGAAAGCACAUAUAUGAGCAGAUCGAAAAGCUUUCUCGAGAAGAAGAGCGUGACGAUCUCAAGCUUUCCGCAACAAGUCUGCUGGGUGACUUGAAGAAGAUGCGGACCAAGUGGUUGUUGCCGCAACAAUUUCGACCUGGCGAUGGGCCGGCAGCGCUGAACGCUGGUGCGGCAUCGACGACGGGCACGCCUAAGACUCCGGACGACAAGUCCAAGCCCCUUAACGCGGAGGCGACGGAGUUCAGACCGAGAGCUUCGCUGUCGACAAGCAGUAAUAAAGCCGCGGAAGAUGGAGAGAUUGAGGAUGAGAAAGGAGAUGAGGGGAUUGUUGCACCUACUGGUGAAACUAUGGAUGUGGACAACAAACCAGGUAUCGAGGAUGGCACCGAGACUUCGAGUACGAAACCCGCUGAAGAGACCACGAGAGCGUCCACGCCAAUGGCGAAUGUCAAUGCAAGACCAUCGCCAGGACCUGGAAGGGCCGAUCUAAGACCUUCAACGCCUGCCGGACGACAAGAUGGCAAUCGCUCGUCUGCUCCACAAGGAUCAUUCUCUGCACCACCUGGUGGCUUGCCUGCACGCCCGGCUGGCCCGAUCCCAUCCCACCGAGAUCUUCAUCGUCGCCCGGAAGCGGAGCGUACUCCCUCACGAUUACCCGAUGCUAAACCACCACAUGAGCAAGAAGGAAGACUUGACCGACCGACUGACAUGUCUCGUGAGCCGCCAAGGAGGCGAUCGAGGUCACCGGGUGGCUUUCGUAGCCGAGGCCGCACGCCAGAGGGGGUUAGAUUGCAACGACCAGAUUUCGACAGACGAGAGUCUGGAUAUGGAGCUGCUCCAGUUCAUGUGGGGCCACCGCCAAGGGAUCUCAUGGAUCCAAGAGAUCCUCGCGGAUCCCGACAGCCUAGAGAGGAACGUCACCGCAGGGACAGGGAUGGACGAAGGAAUGAGCCAGACCUUCGCGGUCCGCCACCUCAACCGCACGAUAGUCGUGAUCGAAUGUCAAGAUCGACUGAGCAACCUUCAAGAGAUCCCUCUGGUCCCACAAUUAACCUCGAACGCGCUGCCUACCUUGGUAUGGCCGACGAACGCAAGCCAGAGGAAGAUAGACGACAUGAAAGUUGGAUGAGAAGUGGGCAGUCUAUGCCUCGUUCUGGACCAGCCGGUUCAAGAGGCACAUCACCUCGACGUAGAGAUGACCGUGCCGUCCCUGAACGUCUAUCUCGCAUGGGGACGCGAGACAGGCGAGAUGAAGCCAUGACUAGUUCGUCCAACCCCAUGUCCGACAUUCCAAGACAUCGCGAUGAGCUGUUUCCUGAUAAUGCGCGUGCACAAGCUGAAUCCACUUAUGGAUCGUCUAAUCAGCCAGAAUUGAGAUCUCGUCAAGACCCCAAUUACGGUCGCCUCAAUGCACCUGCUUCAUCUGAGGCGAUGUCGUCUGGUCCUAGGAAUAGAGGCGGUCUAUCACAAGGACGUGGAGGUAGGACCGGCCUUGAACCGUCUAGCACAACGCCAUUGGGUCCACGGAAUAUGCCACAAUCCUCGCCCGGAGGCAUGCAAACUACAUCGCCGGGGCAAGAGCGUCCUCCCCCAUCUGGUCCUGCAGUCAACAACCGUCGUGGCGGUCCCAACCAAGGAAAUUCACUUCCUUCGCCUUCAUAUGGAGUUAGUUCAGACAAUAACACUGCAACUGGUGUACAUCCAAGUAGACUGCAGAACAUUGGCGGUCUUCCACCUGUGCAAACGAACAUUGCUUCGAGUCCUGGCAAUACCACUAUCCCGUUAGGUCCCCGCAGUAGUGGACACCGAUCGACACCGAGCCAGACCAAUAUGACUGCACCCUCGCCAACGAGUAGAUACCCUCCCACAGGACCUGCAUCGACUGGCGGAAGCUUGCGUGGUCGCUCACAGCUGAAUUUGAUCAACAACAUGCUUAAUGAUCAACAAUCCUCUCGCAAUGGAGGUAAUGGGAUCCGUGGCCGGCCUGGAAUGGUUUCACAGCAGAGCUCUGCACCGCAAUCACCAACUACAGGAGCUCCUCUGCAGCAACAGCAGAUGCCACCGCCGGGCUCAGGACCAAGGUCAGAUCCGCUCGCUGAACGCCUCGAGCGGCCCGGUACCUCUGGUAGCGAUGAACAGCGCAGUAGUGUUGAUGGCCGUCGUGCCGGCUUGAGAGACGAUGGCGGAGACCGCAGAAGACACGGCCGUAGUAGGAGUCGUAGCCCCAGACGUGAAGCGGCAGACAACGCUAUGCGCCAGAGCGGUGAGCUGCCUCCUAGGAAUGGUCCAAACAGAGAUGAUCCUGCCAGACGACGAGACUCGGGUGAUCGUGAUAUGAUUCACCGCAGAACUAGAGGUGGAGAAGGCGGCAACUGGCAUAAUCGCGAUCGCGAACGAGACGAGGGCGCUCGUCCCCCCCGUGAUGGAAGGGAAGGUCGCAUUCCUGGAAGAAGCGAAGGCCGCACCUCGAUGGGAAUGCCACCACACUAUCAUCAACACCAAAGCGCCUCAUUCGGGGGCGGCCUUCCGCCUCAAGCACCACCUAGCAUGAUGUCGUCGAGUCCAAACGGAGACAUGCGACGUGGUGGCGUUGGUGGAAUGAGGAGAGACGACGUUGACAGGAGAGAUGAUAGUCCACGCAUGAGUGGAGGAAGGGAUGGAAUCAAAAGGCGAAGGCCAGAUGAAGGGCCGCCUGGUGGGCCUGGUAUGCAUGACCAGAAGAGGCCGAGGAGGGGACAGUGAGUUUGCAGAGCGCUUCCCGUUCGCAUGAGAUGUAUGUUCGUUUUGUACUAUGUGCAUGGAAAACAUAUGCAUAAUAUUGGCGUUUUCCAAUUUCUCUAUCGUAAGAAGGGCGGCUUCUUGGUUUGGAAGCUGCUCUGGAUCGGAUUUGGUUGCGACCGGCUGGAUGGGAAGUGAGCCACCUAGAUUGACUUGUACUUUCGCUAUAUCUUACAUCUUCUGCACCUGCCAAGCACGCCAGCGGCAGGCUCUAUGGGAAUACAAGAUAUCCAGAUCCCAGCGCUCUCGUUUG